UAUAGGGUCCACCAGUUGACCUGGCAAAUAGCUCACCUGUCCUGGACGUGCACACACACACACACACACACACACACACACAGUGAGAGGCAAUGCAACUGAAGUGACCAGGUCUGGCGAUGACUGUGUUGAAUCCUAUGGAGUGGAUCAGGAAGAGCAGGGGCUCACGGCGCCUCGUGCUGGUGGUGGUGUGUGUGGCUCUGCUGCUGGAUAACAUGUUGCUGACUGUCGUGGUUCCCAUCAUCCCUACCUUCCUGUAUGCCAUGGAGCAUCAACCGGUUGAACUUUCCUCCUCCUCCUCCUUCUCCUCUCUGUCUCCUCCUACCAUGAACCACUCCACCUUCUCUUCCAUCUUCUCUCUCUAUGAUAACGUGACCUACACCAAGACCACCACCAACACUGUGACCCAGGAUAACUUCAGUGACUCAACGGUUACCCCAAUCUCCAACGGGAGUGCCAGCAUCUCUGACUCAGGCGACUGUAAGGACGACAAGAAGUUUCUGGAGGCCGAGAACGUGAGAGUCGGCCUCUUGUUUGCAUCUAAAGCUAUAGUGCAGCUUCUGGUCAACCCGUUCGUGGGUCCGCUGACCAACAGGAUCGGUUACCAUAUACCCAUGUUCGCUGGGUUCGUCAUCAUGUUUGUCUCCACGAUAAUGUUUGCUUUCUCAGAGACGUACGCCUUGCUGUUUUUCGCUCGUUCCCUCCAGGGCAUCGGCUCCUCCUUCUCCUCUGUUGCAGGACUGGGCAUGCUGGCCAGUGUGUACACUGAUGAUAAUGAGAGAGGGAUUGCCAUGGGGAUAGCACUAGGAGGACUCGCCAUGGGUGUGCUCAUUGGCGCCCCUUUCGGCAGUGUCAUGUACGAGUUUGUGGGUAAAAGCUCUCCGUUCCUCAUCCUGGCCUUCCUUGCUCUGUUUGAUGGAGCACUCCAGCUUUGUAUCCUGCAGCCUUCUAAGAUAUCUCCCGGGAGUGUUGCAGGUACACCACUGCUAACUCUGCUGAAGGACCCUUACAUACUCAUCAGCGCAGGAUCUUUGUGCUUUGCCAACAUGGGCGUAGCCAUUUUGGAACCCACUCUCCCUAUAUGGAUGAUGCAGACCAUGUGUUCACCAAAAUGGCAGCUUGGGGUGGCUUUUCUACCAGCUAGCGUGUCUUACUUAAUUGGAACCAACCUGUUUGGUCUGCUGGCCAACAAAAUGGGCAGGUGGCUGUGCUCCAUGAUCGGCAUGGUCGUUGUUGGCAUCAGCCUCCUUUGCGUUCCUUUGGCCAAAAACAUCUACGGCCUUAUUGGCCCUAACGGAGGACUAGGAUUCGCUAUUGGAAUGGUUGAUUCGUCCAUGAUGGCUAUAAUGGGAUACCUGGUGGAUAUCAGACAUGCCUCUGUGUAUGGCAGCGUGUACGCCAUAGCAGAUGUGGCACUUUGUAUGGGGUUCGCUAUAGGUCCAUCUACAGGGGGCGCUAUAGUACAAGUGAUCGGCUUCCCGUAUCUGAUGGUGCUCAUCGGGGUGGUCAAUAUUCUUUAUGCACCCCUGUGCUUCUUUCUGAAAAACCCUGCUGCUCGGGAGGAGAAGAUGGCGAUUCUAAACCAGGAGUGUCCCAUGCACGUGAAGAGCUACAGCACGGAGCGUCAGUGCAGAGAGUUCCCCCUGAGUGACGAGAGUGACGCCGACCCCGAGGACUAACACACACACACCGUAAAGAAAUAAAACACUCGGGGGGG